AUGUCUUCUUUCCCCUUCCUACCCCCAGCCAUGUCGGAUGUGAGGAAUUUGAGGAGAGAAGACAUACUGGCGGCACGGCUGGCUUCGCAGGGCAACUUGACCGCGAGCCCUGCUUCUGCAGGCACACUGCUCUCGGGCGGAGCGAAGGAGGAAGGGUCUGUACAGACACAGGCGGUUUCCUCGGAGGGUUCAUCUACCCCCAGGCGCCGCCAUGUUGUGUUUCCAGACCCAGUAUCUCUUCGGCUACUUCACAGCUACCUCGAAGAAGAUGAGUGCGUUCAGGUCGUCGAGCGUCGACAGAAACUGCAGGGCUACGAACUGUAUCUAGUUGAACAAUGGGCCUGCUCUCGGCAGUCCCCAACCCUGGUCAUCGCGACAUACACCGGCGAUCCGGACCACUCAAUAGUUGUUGGCGUGCUGGGGAUACCCGCAGAUGAGAACGACUGGUCUCCGAGAUUAAGAGUCUACUUCAAGGCCAUUCAACAAUACCAUGCCAGGCCCAAGGACACCCCGUUGGGCGAGCUCAUGGUCACCAAUCUGAGCAGCUUCCCCUCGGCGCUGACCGUGAUUCCUGUUCCGGACGGGGAUAUACGCGCACAUCGCCAGUCCUUCAUCGUCAACGAGGACCUGAAACGCCUGGGCUGUUCUGGAAGAUCAGGUAUGAGCCUUUCAGAGCCCACCGCCGCGACUCAGGCCAAGUUCUCCCAGCUGUACAAGACGAGCGAUCGGGUACCUAUCGAACAAGCCGUCGUGGAGCUCAUCAAGCUUUGUCAGGUGGCCCUUCUGCUGUUCGGCAAGCUCGAGCAAGAGUACAUAGACGGCCUACUCUGUGAUCGCACCGAAGCGGGCAUAAAUGACUGGUGGACCGAGAUCGGGUCCGAGUACUUCAAUAUCGAGCCGACAGAUGGCAUCUUGGGUCCGACCACCGUGGCAGCCCUACUUGGAACACUGAUGGGCGCAAGGAAUCGACUGAGCUGGUAUGGCGCUCCCGUUGCGAAAGACGUGUUUGAUAUCGAAUGUACGAAACGUGGAAUUGGCUACUUUCAGAAGGCGCACAAGCUGGAGCGGACACGAAGACUAGACCGCCAGACGAUGCUGAGGCUACACACGAUCAGUGCCAAGGCAGCCGCUGGUGAGGCGGGCUGGGGUGUCCAGAGGGCAGUCAAGUCCACCGUCGAGGGAUUCGGCGGGAAGAGAGGUGAGAUCGUGAUUGGCAUGGUCGGCGGCAAAGACAAAGGCAACAUCGGAGACAUUGAAACUCUCGACAUCAACAAGUUCAUCAGCCUAGCCCACGGCGAGAGGGCAAAGUGGCUGUGGCAUGGCAAGGCACGCAGAUCCGUGGCAGAACACUACGAGAAGCCCAUCAGCGACAUGGGGAAUAUGCUCUUUGGCAAGGAGGUCGCCGCAUCCCAGCCGAGCCGAAGGACGCAAUCGCUCCCUUUGGGCGAAGAUGUAGAGGUCAAGAAGAAGGAAGAGGCAGCAGCAUUGUACUCGGCAACUCCCACGCCGGGCUCUACCCUUAGUGUGGCUGAGAGUCCCGGAGACAAGGACGCGCUGCACAAGGCUGUGUUGAAGAGUGUUGCAGGCAAGGUGAGCGACGCUCGUUCUGGCUUUGGUCGGUUCAGGGACAACAUCAACACGGGGCGCCUCCGAGGUCACAACAGCCGGCCUUCACGAGACGACACUCCCGCCAGUAGCUACCUGAGUCCAGCUGGUUCAGGUGUUAUGCGCAGCGACCUGAUGCUGUCGAGCCCGACAAUGGUCGGGCGGGCUUUCACGUGGAAGAACAAGCCAGAAGAAUACCUGGCUGCCCUGCGGAAGGAGAAGGAAGGAGACGCUGUUCCAGGGGUGGCGUCUACCACACAGAGCUCAGGGACGCCGGCAGCCAAGGAAUCCAGGUCACAGUCACAGCAGCUCGACCUUAGCAAGCUCGCGGACGCGCUCCCCGAAGCUGCAGAGUCUCUCCCUCCGUCCAGAGCAGAGGAGACUCGCAAAGAUUUCCUGCUCACAGACGCCUCUGUUGCGAACUCGGUGGCAGACCCGAACGAUCUGCAAGGCCCGCACCUGGAGGCUGACCGGCAGGCCGAUACGAACCUGACUGUACUGCAACGAAGGCACAGCGUCGCCAUCUCGACCCUGACCUUUACUCACCCGCUCAACGAGAGCCGCUGGCCGCGGCGCAUGUCCUUCAGCUGCGCCGAAGAGGCGGUGCUCGGCUGGGAAGACAUCCUCGACCUCGAGGAGGAGUCUCCUAGCGAUGCCACCCACGGCGGGCCCCUGGCCCUCGCGCACCACCUGAGCAGGGUCGAGGCGGCGCAGAGCCUCUACGAGCGGCUGCUGGGCCUCAAGCAGACGCUGGGCCCCUGGGUCGGGGACAAGGUGCAGUGCCUCGAGGCGCUGGACCAGGACUACGCGGCGCAGCAGGAGGAGCUGCAGCAGCUGUACUACCGGCUGGCCGAGGCGUACCGGCGCGUCAAGGACUCGUCGCAGGAGAUGGUGGCCGGGGAGCGGGCGCACGUGACCGAGGCGGUCAAGGACGUCGAGGUGCUGGCGGCCAAGCUCGAGUACGAGGUCAACGCGCUGGCGUCCAAGGCGGCCGAGGUCGAGGACGGGGUGCGGCAGUUCGAGGCGCAGGUCGAGAUCGUGGAGCUGCGGGCCGAGGAGCUCAAGGCGCAGCUCGAGACGGAGAGCUGGGUGCACUGGUUCGUGCGGACGCUGACGGGCAUCGGCACGGGGCCCAACAUCACGAGGGGCGGGCCCGUGGCCGCUGCGGCGGCGGUCGUCGGGGACGAGAGCCGCGGGGAGGAUCGGGAGCAGCCCGGUCGGGAUGAUGGGGCGCGUGGUGGAGCGAGGGAGGAGGAGGAUGCCCAUUCGUGA